CACCCCCCCCCCUUCUCCCUUCCCUCCCGCCCCGUUCCCCGCUCCCCGUCCCCGCCCGGUGCCGCCCCGGCCCCGGCCCCCGCUCCGCCCUCGGCCUUGCCAAUAUGGCGGCGCCCAGCAGCGCGGCGGGCUGCGAGGACUUCGCCGAGUUCCAGGAGUUGCUCAGGGUGAUGAGGACGAUCGACGACAGGAUCGUCCACGAGCUGAACACUACGAUUCCUACGGCCUCCUUCGUCGGGAAAGUCGACGCCAGCCAGACGUGUAAAGCGCUCUACCAGUCUCUGAUGGAAGCUCACACCAGCAGAGAGAGAAUCAUCAAAAACUGCAUCGCUCAGACUUCCAGUGUAGUGAAAACUCUCAGAGAAGAGAGGGAAAAAGCACAAGAUGACGUAGCGUUAUUAAAGCAACUCAGGAAAGAGCAGACAAAGUUGAAAUUGAUGCAGUCGGAGCUGAACGUCGAAGAAGUGGUAAACGACAGAAGUUGGAAGGUAUUUAAUGAACGUUGCCGAAUUCAUUACAAGCCUCCGAAGAGUCAAUGAUGUUAAGUACUUUCCAUCAAGGUGGUCCAUAACCAAGAGAGCCAAACUGGAAAGAGACCUUGGGCGAGCUGAACUGGGACCCUCCAGAGCCAGGAGAACCCAGUCCUGUUUUGUUUUGGACCUACGCUAGCUGGAAUCUCAAUUUAAAUAAUUCUCCUCUAAUUAAGAGAAAACAACUCAUCUUUUGUACAAAAUAUGUGAACAAAUGAGUUUUAUAGUAUUAAAAUAAUUUUCAAAUGGAAUGUGGUAUCUUUCUUAAACUUCAAAGCUUCAGGAGCCCAAGAGGGGAAGAAAAUGUUGGGCUUUUGUUUGUUUAAAAAAAAAACAAACAAA